AUGGAUCACAGUUCGGUGGGGAUGACACCGCCACCGACGGCCCGGCCGAGGGGGCCCGCAGCCACUUCCGGAGUGCAGAAUGACGCAGCCACUUCUGGAGUGCAGGAUGACGAUGCCACUACAGUCUCCUCCACCGGAGACCUCGUGACGCUCUCUGAGCAGGCGGCCACUCCAGGGUCGGGUGCCCACGCCUCGCCAUAUUCCUUCUUGCGCAUGCACACCGUGCUCUCCCAUGGCAUCAAGUCCGGGCAGCGAUGGCGUCGACCUUGUCCCUACGACAUGUCGCAAGCUCGUCACGCCCUGGUCGACGAAAUGGAAAUCUUAACAGCGACAUUUACUGAGGUGAACAUCGAAGUCCUGGACCUCUGGACUGCCCUGGAUUCGAGUCGACGGGCCUUGGAUACGGCACACGCUGAACGGGAUGGGACCAACGUCUUGCUACAAGAGGCUCAAGAGUUGCUCCGAACCUUAGAGCAAGGGCAACACGACCUCGGGGAGCAGCGUGAACAAGCCCAGGCCAGGCUGAACGACCAGCAAGCAAAACUCCGCGACCUGGCGAGCCGGUUGACGGUCCAAACGGAAAAGGCCACCGAGCUGGGGAGACAAGUACAAGAGGCGGACCAGGCCUUGGAAAUCAUGACCGCCGAGGUGAACGACCCUCGGGACUACACGGCGCAUUCAGCCAGGUUAGUCGCCGGGAAGGAAGGGGAUGUCAAGCUGGCGCUUCAAAACAAGUUGUUGGUGGUUGCCGAGAUGUCGGACCUUCGCCGCAGCCUCGAGGCCGAGAGGGAAAACUCCGAAAAGGCGCGUCAGGAUCGGGACCAGGCGCUUACCACGGCGAGAGAAUUUCAGGAACAACUCAGAGUCGCCCAAGACCGCAUCGCGCAACUCGAAGCGCAACCUCUCCGUUUUUCCGCUAGCAACCCGGCUUGGGACAUUCUUCUGGCCGAGAACCAAGACCUCCGGGAGGCGGCCACGACCUCCGGAAACAAGAUCCUCCGGAGCCAAACCGAGACCUUCCAGGCCGACGCAUUGCAAGAGUUGGGGGCCCUGGAGUCCCGAGCCAGCCACGAUCUCGAGGAGAAGCUUCAGGCGUUCCAAGAGAGCGAGCGGACAUCGGCCAGAGCCUUGUUGAAUGCCAACGAGCACUUCAAGACGCCGUCCCAGGCGUGGACCUUGAGUGAUCCGGAUCGCUUCAAGUCCUGCAACGAGAGCGUAGGCAUCUUUCCCACCAAGGCCGCGCGCGGAUUGACGGGGCCCCUGUUUGGGCGAGUCCGGGGCCCAAUGUUCAGUGCUUGGGUGAACACGGCCCUCCCGGUCAUGAAGGAUGCGCUGAAGGAGGCUUCCACGCCGUCGUCGGGAGUCCUGGGGGCGGUCGUUGUCGAGGCCCCUCCGAGCUCGGGGGCUAAGGGUUCGACCCUCCCAGGACAGGCGGGAGCCAAGGCGCCCGAGGACGUCCCGGGAAACGAAACGUCUCUCGUGUCCACGCUGCUCUUCCCUUACCAUCCGCGGACCCGAAUCUACCCCGAGACGUUGAUGCGACCUAUAUGGCCAUGGCGACAUCGAAGCCGUGGGAACAGAACAACUGAGGACUUCUGGGAAAAUCAUGCCCUCGCGCACUGGAACCGUCGUUUCAUGCGGGGGUCGGCCGAAGUAAAUGCCAAAGUUGAGGCGGCCAUGGGUCCAUUGGUGGGCAUUAUCGGAUGCAUGUACAGCAUCGUUCGGCGCCAAGGGACCGACUUGUUGCGCUUCUUUUGUUACCCCCAUUCGUUUUGGCCGGACUUCCUUCGCGGCGGGUUCUCUUUGAAGAUGAUGGCCUCGGUCCAGGGUGCUCGAGCCGUGCAGGAAUACCUGUCGUCUCAAGGCUCGGAAUUUUGGCCGGAGGUCCCGUCCACUUCUCGCACCGAGCCGUUCGAUCCCCCUUUCAUGGCCACUCUAGCCUUCCUCAAGGGUCGCUCGCUCAAGAAGUUUUGGUUGAAGAAGUUUGACCCCUUGAAUCCGGCGAGAGUGUCGAAAGUGUUGGCGUGGUUGUAUGCCCAGGCCGAAGAGUACUGA